AUGGAACGAAAUACCGCCUUCGUCCCACCACCAUUCCUCGGCUCAGGUUUUCGUCAAAACCAUCAAAUCCGAGCCCUCAAAACCAACUCUUACCCUAUCCUUCCUUCCCAUCGCUCCCUUUCCCAACCCUCUUCAUCACCCACCUCCGCCUCAAUAGCUUUGCUUACAACACGGGGAACGCCAUUAGGCCCGAACUUCUCUCGCACCAACCUCACCUCCCAUCGACGAAAACAUAUACGCAAAUGCUACGAUCUCCUACACCUCUCUAUCCAGCGCAGACAACUGGGGUUAGCGGCGAGAUUUUUGAAAGUCAUCCUUGGAGCGCAUGAAUGGACUUCUGAUGAAGGCUUCCAACUUGCUCUUCUCCUGCUUGCUCUUUCGCAGGAGGAGGUCGAAGAAGCAGAAGCAGAAGCACCAGGCAAAAUAGGCUUUCUACAGAUGAUGGACCUGGAAUCGAGCAGCAGCUUCAAAUCAACCCAUAUCACCCCCGCCUUGAUGGAGGAGUAUAUAGCAAAAGGAAGACUAAGCGACGCGAUAGAGUUGUUGGAACAAAGGGUCAAUGUACAUCCGUAUAAAGGAAGGCCAGAACUACAUUGCGGAUUGGGGAUGCUGUAUGUUUUUGUUGGCGUACAAACCCUACUCAAUAACAAUGCGGGAGGAGAUGCAGAAGAGAGGGGAGGGGGAGAAGGGGUGGAAUUGAGGAAGUUGGAUAGGACCACAAAAGCAAAAGCAAGGCUUUGUUUCGAAUCUGCGAUACAGGCAAGUGAGAGUUGCGUGCGGGGGGAAUUGUUGAGGAGGCAACGGAUUUGGGGGGUGAGGAAACGAGAGGGGAUGGUGGAUAAGGAGAGGUUGCGGGGGAGAGAGAGGUUGUGGGGAUGUGAUCCACUAGAAGAAAAUCAGGGUGAAGGCGGGAGUUGGCCGCUGAAAGAGUAUGCAGAUUUGGCGAAGAUUAGGCGGAGAUUGGAAGGGAUAGUAUCUGAGGAGGAAAACGAGGAAGAGGGCGAGGGGAAGAGUGAUGCAGAGAGCUCAGCCUCAGGCUCUGUUUUCACUGUUUCCUCUGACGAAGAAGAACGAGGUCGCACCCGCACCCGCACCCGCACCCGCACCCGCACCCGAUCUCACACUGCAACAAACGAACCUGCCCCUUCUUCCCCAUCCCAACCCCAGGAGGAAGAGGAUGAGGAGACGGCGGCGGCGGCAGUCCCAAAACACGGCCCAAAAGCAUGGGCAAAAGCAUGGCCAGAAAUCGCACCCAUCUUCACCCCCUCUCCACCACCCAGUGUGAUGUUCGCCCAGCAAUUCCUCUCACUGCUUGCUCCAAACCACGCUUCACAGUCUCAAAGAGGAUCAGAGAGGGAAGGAGAUGGGGGAAGAGGGCAAAAGAGAAAGUUAGGCAUGAGUGUAGAGUUGGACUCUCCUUUCUUUACCGAUGGUGAAGAUGAAGGUGGAGUAGGAGGGGUGGAUGGGGUACAAUUGACGAGGGAAGAGGCUGAGUUGAGGUUGCGGCGGAUUUUGUUCGAGACUGAGGAGGAUGGUGCGGAUGCGCGGAUGGAUAGAAAGGGUGAUGUGAGGGACAGGGGUGGGAAUAGAAUGAAGAGGGAGGGUGAAAGGGAACGAGAUAGAGCGAGGGCCGGGGAGAGUAGAGAGGAUAGAAGGAGGAGAAAGGAGGCAAAACGACAACAAAGGGAACGUCGUGAGGAUGGUACCGAUCGCGAACGGAGGAAGAAGAAGCGUCGCGAUGCUUUUUGA